AUGGCCCGUUGUUGCGGACUUCUUGCUGUUUUCUUAUGCGUUCUUUUGAUGCUCUCGUGGUGUGAAGCUUUCAGUAGCAACGUUGAUGAUGGAUAUGGUCAUGAAGAUGGAAGCUUUGAAUCCGAUAGCUUAUUAAAGCUCAAAAACGACGACGAUGUUCUCACCUUGAGAAGCUCGGAUGAAACAACUUCGGAAUCAUCAACUGUUAGUGUUGCGGACUUCGGAGCCAAAGGAGAUGGAAAAACCGAUGAUACUCAGGCCUUCAAGAAAGCAUGGAAGAAAGCAUGUUCAACAAAUGGAGUUACUAAUUUCUUGAUUCCGAAAGGAAAGACUUAUCUCCUUAAGUCUACUCGAUUUAGAGGCCCAUGCAAAUCUAUACGUAACUUUCAGAUCCUAGGCACUUUAUCAGCAUCUACAAAACGAUCCAAUUACAAAGACAAAAACCAUUGGCUUGUCAUUGAGGACGUUAACAAUCUAUUAGUCGAUGGUGGCUCGACCGGAAUUAUUGAUGGUAACGGAAAAAUAUGGUGGCAAAACUCAUGCAAAAUCGACCGAUCUAAGCCAUGCACAAAAGCCCCAACGGCUUUUACUCUCUACAACUUAAAGAGUUUGAAUGUGAAGAAUUUGAGGGUGAGAAAUGCGCAGCAGAUUCAGAUUUCGAUUGAGAAAUGCAACAAUGUUAACGUUAAGAAUGUCGAGAUCACUGCUCCUGACGAUAGUCCCAACACGGAUGGUAUUCAUAUCACUAAUACACAAAACAUUCGAAUCUCCAAUUCAGACAUUGGAACAGGUGAUGAUUGUAUAUCCAUUGAGGAUGGAUCCCAAAAUGUUCAGAUAAAUGAUUUAAAUUGCGGCCCCGGUCACGGAAUCAGCAUUGGGAGCUUGGGGGAUGACAAUUCGAAAGCUUAUGUCUCCGGAAUUAGUGUGGAUGGUGCUAAGCUCUCUGCUACUGACAAUGGAGUUAGAAUUAAAACUUACCAGGGAGGGUCAGGAACUGCCAAGAACAUUAAGUUUCAAAACAUUCGUAUGGAAAAUGUCAAGAAUCCGAUCAUAAUCGACCAAAACUACUGCGACAAGGACAAAUGCCAACAACAAGGAUCCGCGGUGCAAGUGAGCAACGUGGUCUACCGGAAUAUAACCGGUACAAGCGCAACGGAUGUGGCCAUAAAGUUCGAUUGCAGCAAGAAAUAUCCAUGCCAAGGAAUUGUUCUUGCGAACGUGAACAUCAAAGGAGGAACAGCUUCUUGCAAAAAUGCCAAUGUUAAGGAUCAAGGCACCGUUUCUCCUCGAUGCUAA